UCUAUUUGUACUCUAUCAGAACUUCAAUCUUUUGUUUUUCUCUGUCUUGAUGGGUUAAAUUAAAGCUCGAAAUUACAUAAUUUGUCUGCAUAUUACGUAUAAAAAAGAUUGUUCCCAUUGCAUUGAUCCCAAACGUGCAAUAACUAACUGAAAUGAAACUGCAUGUAGGUGAAAUCAAAUCUCUAAUUAAGCUAAGUUUGCUUUGUUAUUACGUUCCAUCAACUUUGAAGAUAGAACUUCUUCUCUUCAAUAAUUAACAUGGAGUUUCAGUCUCCUCCAAUUCCAAAGCUCUACCUUCUUUUAUGCUUAUCUUUCAUCCUCUUACUUUCUUCUUUUCACGCUCAUGCUAGUGGUUACAACUUCAGAUUCUGUGCUGAAGAUGCAAACUAUCCUGUAAAGAUCUCCAGACUUGAAAUAACACCAAAUCCUAUUGUGCGUGCAAGACGGGCUAAGUUUAAGAUCUUCGCUGCUUCUGAUCAUGUUAUCUGUGGUGGGAAGUGGGUAAUAAAAGUUUCAUAUAUGGGACUUAUUGUCCAUAAGAAAAUGUAUGAUCUUUGUGAGGCAAUGUCCUGUCCUGUUGAUGCUACCAAAUUUACUCUUUCUCGCACCCAAAGGAUGCCCUUAUUUGCCCCACAGGGCAUCUACACCGUCGAGAUAUCAUUAAGGAACAGAAUAAAUGAACCAUUCACUUGUAUCACCUUUAAUUUGAAAAUUGUUUCUACAUUUUUGGGAUCUAGCUAGUCUCUGAAGUGAUCGAUAAUGUACUAUUUAUCCAUAUAAGUAAAUUUGUAAUUGAUCAUAAGAAGAGCAAUGGGUUGCUCUAAUAACAUAUAUAUCACAUUAAUGUCAAUGAAAUAUAGAAACUACACAUGAUAUGUGCUUAUAGUUACUACUAUACAAUGUCGAAUGUUUCAAUAUUUGAUUUUAGUUUUUAUAGAAUAUAUCCAGAAGUAGUAUAACAUAUUCACGAAUGUAAU